UCGGUUCAAUCCCAAGGCCUAGCCGCUCACCGGCGUCACCGCCUCCCACCUGCCACUCUGAUCUCCAUCGUGCUCAACUCUCCAUCUGGUCUCCAUCGUUCUCACUUCUCAGUUCGUGCUCGCUGGCACCGCUCACUCUCUGGGUCCGAGCUCGGACGGUCGUGAGUCACAAGCCACUGCAUCGCCAGCGUCCACUCCUCUUGCACUCCAGAUCUCCUUCGAAUUCAUCAAUCACAGUCCCAGUCUCCCAGAUUUAUUUUGUCGGUCGUCAAUAGUGGUUUUGUUGGCUUGAGUUCUGAGUCAUAAAAGGAACACAAUGACAGAGGAGGAGAAACUCCCUGUUUUUAUGGACGUCUUUAUAGCCGGGAUGUACUAUGAAAGGAUGGUUUUUGAGCUAUUCUAUGACAUUGCCCCUUACACUGCAGAAGAUUUCCGUGCGCUUUGUACAGGAGAAAAAGGAGUCAGUCCAAAUGAUACGUUUUUGUGUUACGCAAAUUGCUUCUUUCACAAGGUUAAGAAAGGUGGCUCCUAUGUGAAGGGAGGCGCCAUAAACUACGAAACUGGGGAAGAUGUUCAAAGUGUUUUUGGUCCAUAUUUCUUUGACGAUGGGUCAAAUAACUUGAAACAUGACAAGGAAGGGCUCCUAUCUAUGCCCAGAAGAGACUUCAGAGAUUGCCGUUCUCACUUUUUGAUCACAUUGAGAGCUGAUGAGAGCCUUGACAGGACUCAUGUGGUCACCGGGAAGCUUGUGGAAGGCAUGGAUACACUUCGAGAAAUCGGACAGACUAGUUUUGACUGGGCGGUUAGAAUUGUUGAUUGUGGCAUGUUAUAUAAUGCUAGGAAUAUUCCUCCUGGAGUGAUUAUUAGGCCUUUGCCGCGCGGAAAGAGGGAUGGGGUCUCCUCAAAGGGCAGGGAAAGACGUGAGGGAAGGAGAAAGAGGAUAAAGAACGAUGAUCGGGAUGACUCAAAGGGGAAGGAAAGACGUGAGGGAAGGAGGAGGAGGAUAAAGAACGAUGAUCGGGAUGACUCAAAGGGGAAGGAAAGACGUGAGGGAAGGAGGAGGAGGAUAAAGGGGGAUGGUCGGGAUGACUAUUGA